AACUCAUUUCUUUUAAGAGUUCAUAUAAAAUUUUCAUUAUUUUGGUGUGAAAAAAAUUAAAGAAAAAAAUUUCUUUAAUACAAAAAAAUUCAAGUGAAAAAAAGGAGAAAAAAAAUAUUUUUUUCAAGGCGAAUCUAAAUUGUCAAGGCGAAUUGAAAAGCUGAAGAAAAGAAAGAAAUUGUAAGCGAAUUUCGCAUAUUAAAAACAGAUGAGAAAAUAAUAACAAUAACAACGAAAAUCAUGAAUAAAACGUAACAAAGAAAAAUAUAAAUAAAACCAGAGAAGAAAAAGGAAUUCAAGAAAAAACACUUGGUGCGUGCAAUCAUUGUGUGUGUGUGAAGUAUACAUGAAGUUGAAGAAAAGCAGCUGUUCUUUUGAAAAUAAAAAGAAAAACAUACAAUUACUGCUGCUGCUUCUGCUAGCAGAGUAAUUUUGUAAAAGAAGCUGGUGUUAGAAACGGCCAUGUUGUAAACUCCCUGCUAAAAUUUCUAAUAAUACUUACUACUUCAACCGACAGUGUGCAAGAAUUGUAAGUGCGUAAAGAAAAGAAUCAGAAAAUAAAGUAAAUCGUAUUACAAAAACAAAAGUGAACACUUUGUAUAAUUUUCAACAUUUUCGACUUCUACCGUCUGUAAAAACAAAAAGUCAUUUCACUAUAAAAAAAACUACAAAUGAUCAAGUUUAACUCAACACCGAUCGUCUGAUUUUAAGUAAAAAUCAAUUAUUCUUGUAAAUUUAAAAAAAAUCUUUUUUUUAAACAUAGUCAUCCAGUAUUCCCUCUAUCAAGGCAAAAAAGCAAAAAAAACAUGUUAAAAUUUGUAAAUUUUCGUUUUAUUUGCUUCGUUUCGUGUUUCUGUCAUUGUUUGUAAACUCAAUUUUUUCUUCUCUGACUUUGCAUACGCAUUGUUUAUUUAUAAAAAAGAGCAAAAAAACAAAUUUAUUAGGUUUGUUGGCUGUCAGCGUUCAUUCGCCUUUAUGUUGUUGACUUGUUAUUUGUAUACAAAGAAAGAAAGAAACUUGUAUUAAAUUUAUGACUGUGCAAACUUCAAAUAUACAACAAAAACAACCAUAAAAAGUGACAAAAUAAAACAGAGAGUGAAUUAAAUAUUGUGUUUCUUUUUGGGAAAUGUAUUUUCGUUUUUUUUUAAUUUUUUGCUUGAAAUUUUGUCUUUUGUUUUAAAAACUUCGCUGCUAUAGUCUGCGUCGCUGUAAUCGUUACAUUAUUUUUGUUUCUCAACGUUUGCUUCUUUUAUCAAAAAACAAUACAAAAACAGCUGUGGGGGGUAAUACAUAACAACAACAGCAGCAGCAGCAAACUAAUAAGGAAAGAAGAAGGAAAAGAAAACUAGAAAAAACAAGAACACAAAGUAAAAUAAGAAAAAAAAGAAGACAUUCGAUUCCCCCAUUAAAAAAAAAAAUAAGAAACAGGCACUCACUCCGCUCAUUACUUUACAUUUAUCCGGUUUAAAACAACCUUAAAUACAACAACACAAAAAGGACGGUAAUAUUACAAAAACAACAAGAACAUAAAAAGAACAAAAAUAAAAUCUUGUAAAGUAAAAAAUAUAAAACAAAAAUCAUACAAAAGUAACAAGUCGCGUUGUACGGGAGUGUUAAAAAUUUGCAACAAAUUUUAAAGAAUAUUAAACAAAGAAAACAAAAAUCCCUUCAAUGUCCAAAAAUAAACAAAAGAAAUAAAUAAAUUGUAUAUAAUAAGAAAAUACCAGACAUAUUAAAAACCCUUACGGUUCUCUGCAACUAACAACAUAAAAUGGUUAAUAAUCGUAAUAACAACAAUAAUAAUCAACAACAACAGGCUGCAGCCGGAGCUGCCGGUGGUGCUGGCGCUGGUGAUCAUGUACAAAAUCGCCGUAAUGCCGCAAAUCCACCUGAUGGUGGUGCAGCCGUUGAUUGGGUUCAAGAGGAUUUAGAACGUUUUAGUUUCGAUGACUCUGAUCGUUUUGAAGAGGAUUCCUUAUGCAGUUGGAGUUCAGAACCUGAAUCUUUGUAUAAUAACUGGCGUGGUUGGAAGAAACCAUCAAAUUUUGGUCUUGGGAAUAAUGUGGCUUCGUCAGCUGGUGCAUCGAGUGGUGAUAAUCCCACCGAUGCAAGAGGGAAUAAUGGUUCGGUCUCAACACUCACAGAAUUGGCAGCAAAAUGUGUGGCCUCCUUUAUACCCUUCGAAUUAGUGGAACAUGUUUAUCCACCUGUACCGGAACAAUUGCAAUUACGUAUUGCAUUUUGGAGUUUUCCGGAUAAUGAAGAAGACAUACGUUUAUAUUCAUGUCUUGCAAAUAGUUCAUCAGAUGAAUUUAAUCGUGGUGAUCAAUUAUUCAAAACAGGAGCCGUUAAGGAACCCCUACAAAUAGGUUUUCAUUUAUCCGCUACGGUAGUGUGUCAAACACCAAGUCAGAAUUUUAAUGUGGCCGUUACAUUUGAUCGUCGACGCAUAUCGUCAUGUAAUUGUACAUGCAAUUCAUCGGCAUACUGGUGUUCACACGUUGUGGCCGUUUGUUUACAUCGAAUACAUUGUCCCUUAGAGGUAUGUUUAAGGGCUCCUGUUUCCGAAUCAUUGACUCGUUUACAACGUGAUCAAUUGCAAAAGUUUGCUCAAUAUUUAAUAAGCGAACUGCCGCAACAAAUUCUGCCCACAGCUCAGCGUUUGUUGGAUGAGCUGUUGAGUGAGCAGCCAACUGCUAUAAAUACAGUUUGCGGCGCUCCCGAUCCCACAGCAGGUGCAUCCAUAAAUGAUCAAACUAAUUGGUAUUUGGAUGAGAAAACAUUGCAUGAGAAUAUUAAGCGAAUAUUAAUAAAAUUUGUUAUGCCGGCACCCAUGGUUUACAGUGAUGUAAAUUACUUAACAAAUUCCGCCCCACCGGCUGCCACAGAAUGGAGUUCUCUGUUAAGACCGUUGCGUGGUCGAGAACCCGAGGGUAUGUGGAAUUUACUGUCCAUAGUACGGGAAAUGUAUCGUCGUUGUGAUCGUAAUGCUGUUAGGCUUUUGGAGAUCAUAACCGAACAAUGCAUGGCUUGUGAUCAGCUUUUGUUGUGGUGGUAUCAGACCAAACUCUCUCUAAUGAUGGGUUCCCAUGGUCAUAGUGGUGGUAAACAUUCUAGUACACACACCAAUUCAAAGGCAAUCGAACAUGCCUGUUCCUCGCUUUUCGACGAAAUUGUGGUACUUUGGCGUUUGGCUGCUUUAAAUCCUGGUUUGGCUCCGGACGAACGUGACAUGUUGCAUGCCCAGUUUACCGCCUGGCAUUUGAAAAUUUUGGAUCGUGUGGUUAAAUGUCGCAUAAUGCCCUCCUCUUAUAAUAAUAAACAUCAGCAGAAUAUGCGUUCGGAUGCUGAGAUGUUUGUAGGUUUUAAGCCAGCCAUUGAAGCCUGUUAUUUAGAUUGGGAAGAAUAUCCCAUAGCGGGCAUCACCCAUACCCAUGAAACGAAUCCCAUUUACUAUUCGCCUUUCACUUGCUUUAAACAUGCGGAAAACAAGUGUGAAACCACUAAUGGCGGUCAGUUAAAUGCUACACAGGCCUUAAUGGCCAAUAAUAAACAUUAUAAUUUCAUCAGCACAUCGUCAGAUCAACAUGGUGGCUUUAAACAGCGUUUGGAAAGACCCUUUCGUGAACGUUUCUAUAUAUCAUCUAGUAAUAAUUCCAGUAAUUCUUCUAGUGACAGUGUGCAUGCUCGUUUACAUCAGGGUCUGGAAGUGCAGUCGGCUGCGGCUUCGGGAAAUGUAGGUGUUGCAGGUUUACAAAAUGUUGCUGGUAGUUUAGAACAUAAAUCGAAUACUGCUGCCGGCAAUGUUAGUAGUUCAAUGGCUCUCGAAAAUCGCCCCUCAACUUCAGCUCAGGCACAAGCUGCCUCCUCCUCGUCUGUGGUAACGGUACAAGAUUUACCACGAGUACCUUUAGCAGGUCUGGUUAGUGUAGCAGCUGCUGGAGGAAGUGGUAAUGAUGGAAAUCGCUCUAGUGCCAGCAGUGAAGGAUUUUGUGAAAACGACGAUUUUGGUGGCGAUAGUAGUAGCAAUAAUUUAUGCGCCUCUGACACAGAUGGUCGCAGUAUAAAUCCUGCCAAGUUUGUUAAUAAUAAACCCACAAUAUCCACUUUAUCGCAAUCGGAUUCUCAACAGUCGUUCGAUGUCUCUUCACCGGAUGGUUUGGAAGAUACAACUGGUAAAAUAGGCUUCUCUUUACCCACUACUCCAACAAACAAGGCAACGAUAGUGGCUACUCUAUCUUCACAAUCAUCUUCAGAUUCAACCUCUUCUUCAUCCUCGGCUUCAUCGAAUUCUUCAUCCUCUUCUUUGUUAAUAGCAGCGGGUUCGGAGACACCGGCCUUAGAAAUGGUUAAAUCUAACGAUGCCAGACGUUUAUCAAAAGAUGAAUCGUUUUCCUCUUCAAGUGAUGAGUUUGUAUCGCAAGAUAUCAAUAACCGUCGUUCUAAUGAGGAUUUAACACCUGUGCCAAGUACAUCAGCAGCAGCUAGAGCAGCUCUAAUGAAGGCCAGUAGUAAUAGCAACAAAACAACGGUCACAAAUGAAACUCUUGCUGCUAGUAGCAGUAAUAUAGGUAGCGCCAAUGGUGCCAAUAUUGGUAGUAAACCUGCUCCGCAGACAGCAGCCACACAAUCUGCGGUUUACACUGGUCCCUCGACUUCAGCCCAAGCCAAUGCAGCAUCGACCUCAACGAAUGCGGAAAAACCACAUAUUUUCUCUAAUGUUCGACCCUCAGACGAUGCUUGGGAUAUUUUACUGGCCCGAGCAGAGGGUCUACAUGCUCAUGGUCAUGGUAGAGAAGCCUGUACCUUGGCAGUGCGCUUGGCCGAAGAAAUGUUAGAAAAUCCACCCAAUUUAAUGAUGGAAAUGCCACCUGCUCCCAAGAGAAAAGGCAAGAAUAAGAAUAUCAAUCCUAUAUCGCAUCAUUUGACGGUCUUGGCUUCAGCUACUCUAACAAAAUGUGCUUUUCUUUGUACGGUUUUGUCGGAAAAUUCAGAACACUAUCAUAUAGGUUUUCGCAUUUGUAUAUUUGCAUUGGAAAUGCCCCGACCUCCGGCUUCAACGAAACCGUUAGAAGUUAAAUUAGCCAACCAGGAAGCGGAUAUUUUGGCGCUCCUCAAGAAAAUACCCAUAGAUGAACCGGAACUAGAGGUUAUUAGAGACAGAGCGGAAAGGUUGCGCAAUGGCACAUUCAAAUCGCGGGGAGAAGCUUUGUUACCCAUCAAUUUGGCUUCGUACAUAUUUGAUGCUUUGGUUAUGCCUUCGGUAUCAAUGAAAGAUCAACGAAUUCGUUCAAUGAGUAUUUAUAGACCAGUAACCGAUGAGAAUCUAGGUUUUGAAGCAGCCGUAGCAGCAUUGGGUUUAAAGGCGAAUGUUUCCGAGGCCGAGCAUCCCUUACUGUGCGAGGGUACACGUCGACAACGCGGAGAAUUGGCUUUGACUUUGUUAUACUUUUACAAAGAUGAGCCUCACAAGAUUGCCAAGAUUAUGGAGAAAUUAUUGGAUCGAGAAAUACAUACUCUGCUGAAGACUCCACUACUGCCGGCGUAUUAUUCAAACAAUCCUCCGGUAAGAACACCAGCCAAUUCCACUAAUAGACAGGGAGAGGAUUACAACAGUAGACAUGGUAAUGCACUGCAUGGUACUGCUCACAAUGCAGCUGGUAAUAUGGAAAUGUUUCCACCCGAUUAUGCCUCUGUAGGAGGCAAUAGUAGACCUACCAGUUCUACCAGUGCCGAAUUGGAGGUUAAUAUGGCAGGCAUGAACAUUUCCUCGCCGGCCAACCCCGCACAUUUGGCACAAUCGCAAAAUAAUCAAGGUUUAUCUACGAAUGUGGCCAUGGGAUCACAACAGACCACCACUACUCGGGUUAAGGAUUUAAGAUAUAAAGGAAAACGAGCCUAUCCUUCCAUACCUAAUCAACCUUCGGAAGCCAGUGCCCACUUUAUGUUUGAAUUAGCCAAAACGGUGUUAGUUAAGGCGGGAGGAAAUAGUUCCACUUCUUUAUUUACUCAAGCUACUGCCAAUCACAACCACCAUGGGCCACAUCGUGGCUUACACAUGUGCGCUUUUCAAUUGGGCCUUUACGCACUCGGUCUACAUAAUUGCGUCAGUCCCAAUUGGUUGUCACGUACUUAUUCUUCUCAUGUUUCCUGGAUUAUUGGUCAAGCCAUGGAAAUCGGUGCACCGGCCAUCAGUUUCUUAAUAGAUACCUGGGAAGGACAUUUAACACCACCCGAAGCUGCCAAUAUGGCCGAUAGAGCAUCACGUGGCUGGGACAGUAACUAUCCAGCUGCUGAGCUGGCUCUAUCGGUGCUACCACAUGCUGCCGCUUUAAAUCCCAAUGAGAUACAAAGAGCUAUUUUGCAGUGUAAAGAACAAAGUGACUAUAUGCUGGAAAGAGCCUGCAUUACAGUGGAGAAUGCCGCCAAGGGUGGUGGAGUCUAUCCGGAAGUACUGUUUCAGGUGGCUCGCUACUGGUACGAAUUGUACUCGCGCAACACACCCAAUAGUAGUGAACACGAACAUGAUGAUCAUUUGGAUCACUCGGCAGCGGUUAGUUUAUCGGCUCUAAUAGAAUCACACCAACAUCAUGAAAUGCAAAUGCAACAGGCGGCUGCACAGCAACAGGCCGCUGCAAAUCAACAAGCAAUGGUGGGACCACCAUUACAAGGACCCCCUGGAGGCCCCGGAGGACCACAACAGCCGGGCCAGGUAGUAGUGACAACAGCGCCGCCGGCAUUUCAACAGCAAGUACCCACAUUGGCUCCAGUUGGUUUAUCGCCUUACAAUCCUUAUGGUUUUUGUCAAGGUAUUUAUCACCACAAUCUACAGUAUCCGACCAAUCAAAUACCCAUGUAUUUGCCACAAGGACCACCGCCCGGGCCACCUCCACCACAAGCAUAUCCUGGAUAUCCACCACCACCCCAACAAGCACCGGGAGGACCCAACAACCAAGCGCCCAAUGGUGCCAACGCCCCUCCACAGGCUUACGUACAUCCGGCUCAACAAGGCGGAUCAUUUCCCCAAAUGCCACCUCAGGCUGCCUACCAGGCGGCCGCUAUGCAAUGUGGACCACCACCAACAGCAUUUGUGCCGCCACCACCCCAGGGUCCUCCCGUCCCACCAACUGGACCACCACAAAUGCCCCAGCCUCCCAGCAUGCAAGCAGCCGCCGCGGCAGUUUAUUAUGGACAACAAGGACCACCACCGUCGGCACAACAUCCGGCUGCCCAGCAAGCUGCCAUGGCUGCUAUGGCUCAUCAACAAAUGCGUGCCAAUCAGCAGCAACAACAGCAAGUCUAUCCAUUUGUGCAAGUUCAACAGCAACAACCCCAACAGCAAGCUCAACAUCAGCCACCACCACACAAUAUGGGUCAUGCUGGUCAACAUCAUCAACAGUUACAGCCGCCAACACAGCAGCAGCAACAACAAGCGAAUCGUCAAAGACAUCCUCAUCAAUUUACACCCGCUCAAUUACGUUAUUUGUUGGCCGCCUACAAUGUUGGCAUGUUAGCCAUGGAAACUUUGGCACGUCGUGUUCACGAUGAUCGUCCGCAGGCAAAAUAUGCCCGAAAUCCCCCUUACGGCGAAGAUGUUAAAUGGCUUCUAAGAAUUUCGAAGAAAUUGGGUUCACAAUAUCUUCACCAAUUCUGUGUUUGUGCUGUAAACUCAAUAGUUAGUCCUUUCGUGUUGCACGAUGUGGCGAUUGAAUCAGCUCACUAUUUGGGCAGGAAUAAUCAUCAGUUGGUCAUGCAACAUUUAAGAUCGGCUCUAACGCCGCUAGUUCAAAAAUGUCAACAAAUGUAUAUUCAAUGUAUUCAUCAGAAAUUAUAUCAUUUAACACCAGCUGAUUACGAGGACUUUGCUAGUAUUAUUGUAGCGGCUCGUGCGGCAUUUCAAAUAACACCCGAGGGAAGUGCUCAGUUUAAAGAUUGGUUGCAGUCCAUUAAAAGAUCAAAAUCUUGCAAAAAAGAGUUAUGGACACAAAUAAAUGCCGCCCUACAAAGCAAUGCUAAAUGACAAAGACUUGAUUCACAUAGUAUGACCACAGUAGCAGCAUCAGUAGUCGGCACAGCUGCUGCAGCAACCACAACAACAUCCGCAACAGCAGUAGUAGCAAGUUCUUCUUCAACAUCAUCAUCAGCAACAGCAGUAGGAUCUG